ACCUCCUCUGCUCGUCAUCACCGCCAUCCAUCCAUCGCCAAGUCAUCAUCACCAUGCACCCGCCCAUGCCUUCAAUGCACCGCUCCUGCUGUUGCCCAUUGUUGCUGCUGCAUCACGCCGCACGCACAUUGCACAGCCUGGCGGCGUCGUGGGGGCGAGAGCAGUUUGCGGUGCUGGACUGAUCAUCAUGGCAGCUUUGCUGGUGCCUACGAGUACCAGCCAUGACGACGCACUGACCCGGAUUGAGCCAAGGCCCAAACCCCAGCCCGUCCACUCGACCCCCUCGCCUCAUUUGCCGUCCUCUGGCCACCUUGCAACGGCGCAACGCGAAAAGAUGAAAUUUUCCACAGCAGCACGACCUGAUGCCUUUUGCUACCUCCCUGCUCAGCUGCAAUGCUGCCGCGACCUACACCCUCUCCAGUCUGCUCAAUCCCCUUGCGACUGGUGCGACGGCCUGCGCCUCCCCCUGCUUUGUUGCCGCGUGUCACUCUGACAGCAGCGCAUG